UCUGUUUGGAAGUUAACUACAUUACUAAUAAGUGAAUAAAAUAAAGUCAUUAUAAGGUUUUCGCUUUUUGAAUGAAAUUGAGUCGGAAGAAAUGAUGGAGGCGAUAGGGAAAUGGCGAUUGAUAAGUCCUUUCUUCAUCAUUCUGAUUCUUCAUUGUAUUGCCAUUUUAUUAUUUACAAGAGGAUUUCUUCUUACCAGAACUGAACUCUCCACUUUCAGUACUUGUUCUGAUAUUUCUAACUCUCCUUGUAAUAACCCUAAUUUGAAUGAUCAAAAUCAAAAUGAUUCUAGGGUUUGUUGGACCAAACCUGCUGUUGAUCGUGUGGUCAUAAUCGUGCUUGAUGCAUUAAGGUUCGACUUUCUUGCAUCCAGUUCUUUCUUUGAAGGUGAGAAGAAGCCAUGGAUGGACAAGUUACAAAUAUUGCAGAAAUUGGCGUCGGAUGAGAAAUCGUCAGCUAAGAUUUUUAAGGCUCUUGCUGAUCCGCCUACAACUAGUUUGCAACGUCUCAAGGGUUUGACAACUGGUGGACUUCCUACAUUCGUGGAUGUAGGAAAUAGCUUUGGUGCUCCCGCAAUUAUCGAAGAUAACUUGAUACAUCAGCUGGUUCAAAAUAGAAAGCGGGUGUUGAUGAUGGGGGAUGAUACUUGGGUGCAGUUGUUUCCUGAUCAAUUUGGAAAAUCUUACCCUUACCCUUCCUUUAAUGUUAAAGACCUUCAUACGGUAGAUGAUGGUUGUGUUCAUCAUUUGAUUCCUUCUCUUUACGAGGAUGACUGGGAUGUCCUAAUUGCUCAUUUUCUUGGUGUGGAUCACGCAGGCCAUAUAUUUGGAGUGGAUUCUACUCCCAUGAUAGAAAAGCUGGAACAAUACAAUGUGAUUCUAGAAAAAGUAGUAGAAGUGCUGAAGAACCAAUCUGGACCUGGAGGCUUACACGAAAAUACCUUCUUUAUGGUAAUGGGAGAUCAUGGCCAAACCUUAAAUGGCGAUCAUGGAGGAGGGACUGCCGAAGAGGUUGAAACAUCGCUUUUUGCAAUGAGUUUGAAGAAUCCUCCUGCUUCCAUACCAUCUGCCCUUGAUACUGCAUCUUGCAUAUUGGAUUCGAAUGGAAAGAAGGCUUGUGCUAGCACCAUCCAACAGCUUGACUUUGCUGCAACAGUAACCGCACUACUUGGCAUUCCUUUUCCAUAUGGAAGCAUUGGGCGUGUUAAUCCUGAGUUAUAUGGUUUAAGUUCUGGAACUUGGAAUCGACCAGUCAUCAGUGCUUCAAAUUACAAACAAUCAGAUUUGAAGAAGUGGAUGCAAAACUAUGCUAACGUUCUUUGCGUCAAUUCCUGGCAGGUGAAACGAUAUAUUGAUGCUUAUUCAGCAGCAUCAGUUAUUGGGUUUUCCUUAGAGGACUUGCGGCAUGUUGCAGACAUGUAUGAUCAAGCACAAAAUAAUUGGUCACAGAGAUCAGAAAACUUCUCAUUGUGUGGAAAUGAAAUCCCAAAUGAAAGCUGUGAUGCUUCAUUAACUAUUCUUCAGGGGCAAAUUGAUGCAUAUUCAAAUUUCUUGGCAAGUGUUGCUGAACUUGCCCGCUCCAAAUGGACAGAAUUUGAUUUAAAGAUGAUGGGUGUCGGCCUAGGAAUUUUCGUUCUUUCAUUGUUUGUACACACCGUUGCCAUCAGGAGGUCUGACAAGCUAUGCCAGACUUCUUGUCCUUCCAACGGUGAUUGCCACAUUUCUUUGAGGGUCGUUUCUGCUAUUUUUCUGGUCGCAAUACGGGCAUGCAGUUUCCUAUCAAAUAGUUACAUUUUAACAGAAGGAAAAGUAGCAAGCUUUCUUCUGGGCACGACUGGUAUUUUAAAUUUACGAUAUUCACUUGUGAAGAAGGAGACGUUGAUAGAAGCUGUUGCAUUUCUUCUGUUAAACUUUGUUCUGAGAUUUACCACUGAAGUUGGAUUAUCAAAGCAGGAAGGCCUUUCAGCUUUUAUGAACUUAUACCCCCUAAGGACGCUUGCUAUUGAUCAUGAGCACCCAGUUUUGGCGUUUGUUUCCGACAUUGUACCAAUGCUGACCCUAAUUUUGCUCUCGUACUUAUUGGUAAAGAGUACAGCUGAUAACCGCUGUUCGAGUGUUUUAAAAUAUGUCUACAAUACAGGAGCCAUUUUAAGCUAUACGCUUAUUGCCCUUCAUUGGGCGUUAGAAAGUAACCUGCUUGCCCUGCCACUGGUGCUGAAGCAUGUGGACAGAGAUUACGUUCCUCGGAUGAUAUAUGCUAUUGGACUAGGGCUACUAGCAUUGUCAGCAUUAACCCACUUUUUCAAGAAAGAGACCUCAAAUUACACAGAAAGUGUCCUUACAAAAACAAUAGGAGUGUUAUCUGCAUGUAGUUCAACAGUCAUAUUAUUAUUGGGACGGCAAGGACCGUUGAUUGCUUUGGCAUGCAUAACCGGAGGGUGGUGCAUAACAAGAUUUGGACAAUUGGAGGUAAAGACCAAGAAUGGCAUUGGAGUCUUUACUGCUGAUCCUCUUCCAGUAACCCAGUGGAGCCUUUUUGCUGUAUGUCUAUUUUUUUCUACUGGUCAUUGGUGUGCCUUUGAUGGUCUCCGAUAUGGUGCUGCAUUUAUUGGGUUUGAUGAGUUCAACCUAAUUCGCCAAGCUAUCCUUCUUACAAUUGAUACAUUUGGUGUUUCUCUCAUCCUUCCUAUUCUCGGCCUUCCAUUACUUGUUGUCCUUCAGAAUCCAUAUUCACAGGGUACUGGGAGGACCCAAGGAAGGGGGAUCUUUUUUGUGAAAUUAUCUCAGGUGUUUCUUAUGUAUGGACUCAUUACUGCAAUGACAACCAUGCUCACAGUAAUAUGUGUGACGAUACAGAGAAGGCAUUUGAUGGUAUGGGGAUUAUUUGCUCCGAAAUUUGUGUUCGAUGUGGUGGGCCUACUCCUUACCGAUGUCAUAAUCUGUUUGAUAUCUCUUUAUUACUUUUGUGAGUUGAAGAUGGCACCUAGCAGAUCAGGAUAUCAAAUGAGUAAAAAGAUGAGCAAUUGAGAUUUUUCAUCCUUUGACAACAACAGAAAUUUUGAUUUCUCAGGUACAGAUCCCAAGAUACCAACUCUUUGACUGAAGGUGCACAUAGCUUAGUGUCAAAGCAUUCAUUUUACAGCUAUAGCUUAGGUCGGUUCUUCCCUUCAGCUGGUGAAUUGUACACAGUUAUUGGUAGAACUGUGCUCCUGCUCACCAUUUAUCUUCGUCUACAUUUUUUGACUGGUUUCCAUGUUUAUGUUUAUCUGGUGCACAGUAAGUUGUAAUUACAAACUGUACUUGUCUGUCGAUAACAAUGGAGUACAAAAUUCAUUAAAACACAGAAGGAAAAUUGGUUGUUUUGAUUUGGACGUGCAUUCACUGAUUAAGUUUUUGACGAAAUUCUCGGUUGUUGAGUGAUUUGGCCGUGCAUACUUUUGUAUGGAUUCAUCAUAUGCUUAAAGAAGUAUGUCUUAUUUGUUUGGAA